AGUAUGGAACCCAUAAACAAAACAGUUGCUUCAGAAUUCCUUCUCCUGGGACUGACAGAUGAUCCAGAGCUGCAGCCCCUCAUCUUCAGCCUGUUCUUGUCCAUGUACUUGGUCACCAUCCUGGGAAACCUACUCAUCAUCCUGGUUGUCAGCUCUGACUCCCACCUCCACACCCCCAUGUACUUCUUCCUCUCCAACCUGUCCUUCACUGACAUCUGUACAAGCACCACCACGAUCCCAAAGGUGCUGGUGAACAUCCAAACACAGGACCAUAGCAUCACUUACACAGGCUGCCUCUCUCAGAUCUGCUUUGUCUUGAUUUUUGGUGGAUUAGAAAGUUGUCUCCUUGCAGUCAUGGCCUACGACCGCUAUGUGGCCAUUUGCCACCCACUGAGGUACACGGUCAUCAUGAACCCUCAACUCUGUGUCCUGCUGGUUCUACUCUCCAUGCUUAUUACUACUGUGAAUGCCCUAAUCCACAGUCUGACGGUGCUGCGGUUGUCCUUCUGCACAGACCUUGAAAUCCCCCACUUCUUCUGUGAACUUGUUCAGGUCAUCAAACUCUCCUGCUCUGAUACCUUCAUCAAUAGCCUUCUGAUAUAUUCAGUGACUAGCCUAUUUGCGGGUGUUCCUCUCUCUGGGAUUAUUUUUUCUUAUACUCAAAUUGUCUCCUCUAUUGUGCGGAUUCCAUCAGGAGAUGGAAGGUACAAAGCAUAUUCCACCUGUGGGUCUCACCUUUCAGUGGUGUUCUUGUUCUAUGGGACAGCUUUUGGAGUUUACAUGAGUUCUGCAGUCAGCGACUCUCCUAUUAAGAAUAUAGUGGCUUCAAUGAUGUAUAUUGUGAUCCCUCAAAUGCUGAACCCUUUUAUCUACAGUUUGAGAAACAGGGAAAUACAGGGAGCUUUGAGGCAUCUGUUUGGUAGGAAACCUUUUCUUGGAUUGUGUUCUUGA